AUGGAAGGGUAUCUUACCGUAGGGGAUAUGUACAAUGUCCGCGAAGCAUUGGUGCAGUCGGUACUCGAACGGAUGGCGCCUGGUUUCCAGCACAAGCAAUAUCUGGUUCGAAUCGGUACCAUGGAUGUGUUUGUCCGUCUCCUGGACGAAAGCCGGGAAGAGCUCGAAGUGCAAACGAACCGUCUCAUACCGACGUUAUGCAAAUUGAUGUCGGAUCCGAAUGUUGACGUUCGUGAAGCGGCUACGAACACAUUGGCUCAUGUGAUGCUCGUAUUUGGUGAAGAGAUCAGCAACAGCAUCCAGAAUCGACGCUUGAUUCCAGAGAGCAAGUUUUUGGUGAUGAGAGCAAAAGUGAUCCGGAUGACGUUUGAAAAUCCCGAACGGCACGUGGUGAGACAAGUACUUAAUGUAUCUAUCUAA